CUGCCCGGGGGUCGCAUGAUGGGAGACAGUUGCGAGCUCCAGCUUUUCCAGCUUCUACUUAGGGCAAUAAAUGCGAAGAAAUAUCUCGAAAUCGGUACUUACACUGGGUGCAGCGCACUGGCUGCUGCGUUGGCGCUGCCCCCUGACGGCAAACUGGUUACACUGGAACUUCACGAGUGCCACGUGGAUCUCGGUCGACCUUUCUGGAAGCAGGCGGGCGUGGAUCAUAAGAUUGAGACUAGGAUCGGGCCAGCCAGAGAGACGUUGAACGCCCUACUAGCGGAAGGCCAAGCGGGAACAUUCGACUUUGUCUUUAUCGACGCGGACAAGGGUGAUGUCGACGUUUACUACGAGAAGAGUUUGCAGCUGGUCAGAAGGAACGGCAUCAUUGCUAUUGACAAUAAUCUCUCCAACAUUCCACCGAAAGCUGGUCACACCGACGAGAACGCUGUACAGUAUGCCGCUGAUAACAGCCUUCGCCUUCAUCCUGCGCAGGCGGAGCUGAUCGACUUGACCAAAAGUCUGCCCUGGGGUGGCAUGAUGGGAGACAGAUGCGAGCUCCAGUUUUUUCAGCUUCUACUUAGGGCAAUAAAUGCGAAGAAAUAUCUCGAAAUCGGUACUUACACUGGGUGCAGCGCAAUGGCUGCUGCGUUGGCGCUGCCCCCUGACGGCAAAGUGGUUACUCUGGAACUUCACGAGUGCCACGUGGAUAUCGGUCGGCCUUUCUGGGAGAAGGCGGACGUGGAUCAAAAGAUUGAGACUAGGAUCGGGCCAGCCAAAGAGACGCUGGAUGCAUUAAUAGCGGAAGGCCAAGCCGGAACAUUCGAUUUUGUUUUCAUCGACGCGGACAAGGAUAAUUGCGACGUCUACUACGAGAAGAGUUUGCAGCUGGUCAGAAGGAACGGCAUCAUUGCUAUUGACAAUGUCUUUUGGAUGGGGUACGUCUACGGUACCAUCGACGAUCCUUACUUCGAGAAAGGAACGGUGGCGCUGCGAGCACUCAAUCGAAAACUGCACCGAGAUGAUCGCAUUCAUCUGUGCAUGCUCACCUUGGCCGAUGGUGUGACGUUGGCACUUAAGAAAUAG